GACUCUACGCGACCCUUUUGCUUGCCGUUGUGUGUGGUGUUGCUGUCCCUGUGCACGUGUCUUGCCUGGUCGCGUCGAGUUGCCAAGUAGGAAACGCUGGCAAGUUGACUACAGUCCAGUGCUAGUGCUAGUGCUGAGCGAUGCAGGAGAUACAGCUGCUGGGCCUCAAGAUCAGGGUCGUGCCUGCUGCCAUCUUUGCAGCGCUGGUUCUCUUUUCUGGCUGGGCAGGACUUUAUAUCAACAGCGGCACAAUUCCAGUGCACGACAAAGCACAGCAUGUCACACUCUUCUUCCUCAUGGCGCUCUCACUCUACUGGGUCCUGGAUGUGGGUAAGCGGAAGGCGACUCAGAUGACGUUGGUCGUUAUGCUUGCUGCGAGUGUUGGUUCAGAGUUCUUGCAAAGUGUCUUGACAACAAGGACAUUCGAUCCGCUGGAUAUCGGCGCAAACGUCGCAGGAUCUAUUGUGGCAAUCAGUCUUGAUUCAUGGUAUCAUGGACGCAUGCUUGAACGAAAGAGAAUUGCCAAGUAUGCGAAUGUGCCGCUUGCAGGCGCCGAUGAGGAUCAGAUUGGUCUUGAAGAUGUGUCUGGAGACGAUCAAGUGAAUACUAUUGCCAGGUGAUAAUGAUGACUACUAUUUACGCUACGAUCACGAAAAGCGACCAACCUUCUUUCUUUGAACUUUCACUCUUUUCAAUAAUGCCUGCAGCACUUGUUUCACUUGGAGUUCUGCAUGUCUGAGUCAUCGCCUACGCAGUAACAUGCUUUUGAUUGCGUGAACAACGCUGUCUUGGCAUGUUGUAGUAUGCUGGAUUGCCAUGCUGUUGCUAGCCUUGCUUCCACAUAAAUUCGCACCGACUUUGUCAUGACGAGUGUCCAACAAGUCGAUACUCCAUCCCAAUGAGUCUUGCCACC